CUCCACUCCUCAAUCAGCUCAGUUCCUGUUGCAAAGCUCACCCUGGGCCUUGUGUUAAACAGCCCUGAACAACCUUGUUUGAAUUUCUGUUCGAGGCCGGCUUUCUCGUCUGAAGGGAGUGGCUGCUUUCGAAUGUUCUCAAAAAUAGGAAGUGCAUCAAAUCACUCAGUGGGUCAUGGGGUGGGUUGUUGUGCUUUUAGCUGGUUAAUUCAAAUGUUGAACGCUCUUUGUAUCAGCCCCGUGCCAGUGGGUGAAGUCGAAGGUUGUGGGUUCAGGUUCCCCCUACCGGCGGGACUGAAUGCACAACAUGGGCUGAUUCUGUCAGAACUGCUGUGUUUUGAAUGAGAUGUUAAAUCAAGGCCUGCUCUCUUGUCUACUGGGGGAAGAAGGCCCCUGGUCCUACUGGAAGAAGAACAGUGGUGGACUUUCUCUGUGUAAAAUGUUGCCACAUUGCCUAAGUUGCAAUAACGACUAAAGAUUUCUGAGUUGUCAAGUGGUGGUGGUUCAGCGACGUUCGCUUGACGGGAGACAAUGAGUGAGCUCGAACAGCUACGUCAGGAGGCAGAGCAGCUACGGAACCAGAUCAGGGACGCAAGGAAAGCAUGUGGGGAUUCAACACUGACCCAGAUCACGGCUGCCCUCGAUCCGGUUGGGAGGAUCCAGAUGCGCACGCGCCGCACCUUGAGGGGUCACUUGGCCAAGAUCUACGCCAUGCACUGGGGCACGGACUCCAGACUGUUAGUAAGCGCCUCUCAGGAUGGAAAAUUAAUUAUCUGGGACAGCUAUACAACAAAUAAGGUUCAUGCUAUUCCGCUCCGGUCGUCUUGGGUUAUGACCUGCGCUUACGCACCGUCUGGUAACUACGUGGCCUGUGGUGGCCUGGACAACAUCUGCUCCAUCUACAGCCUAAAGACCCGCGAGGGGAACGUGCGAGUGAGCAGGGAGCUCCCGGGUCACACAGGUUACCUGUCCUGCUGCCGUUUUCUGGACGAUAACCAGAUUGUUACCAGCUCGGGUGAUACAACCUGCGCCCUGUGGGAUAUUGAAACUGGGCAGCAGACCACCACGUUCACGGGUCACAGCGGAGACGUCAUGAGCCUUUCUCUCUCCCCGGACUUCAAGACAUUCGUGUCGGGCGCCUGCGAUGCUUCGGUCAAGCUCUGGGACGUGCGAGACAGCAUGUGCCGACAGACCUUCACCGGCCACGAGUCAGACAUUAACGCUGUCUGUUUCUUCCCCAAUGGGAACGCCUUUGCCACGGGCUCAGACGACGCCACCUGCCGACUGUUCGACCUGCGGGCGGACCAGGAGCUGAUGAUGUACUCCCACGACAACAUCAUCUGCGGCAUCACGUCCGUGGCCUUCUCCAAGAGCGGUCGCCUGCUGCUGGCCGGCUAUGACGACUUCAACUGCAACAUUUGGGACUCCAUGAAGGGCGACCGUGCUGGAGUCCUGGCAGGUCACGACAACAGGGUGAGCUGUCUGGGUGUGACGGAUGAUGGAAUGGCUGUAGCGACGGGAUCUUGGGACAGCUUCUUAAAAAUCUGGAACUAACGGUGAUGUGAAAUGGCAUACCAGUGUAAAAAAAAACAAACCACACACAUCUUUGUUAGAUUUGAAACCUAUAGCCCUCCUUCCCUCCCCCUCCCUUGACAAGAAUUUACAUUGUUUGGAAUGGGGAGGAGGAAGUAAAUGUAUCUGUGAUUAAAAACAGAUACCUGACUCCUGCCUCGAUUCCCUACAUGUGCUCUGUUGAAGGUGAAGUUUUGCUUGUCUGUUUAAAUAUUGAAAAAAAACUUAAAAAAAAAAUCCAUGAAGUUUGUGUAUAGAGCAACCAGAGAAAAGAUGAAAUUAACUUUUUUUUAAGGAAAGCAGAUUUGAUAUGAGGUAUCAAUUUAAUUAUUGUUGUUGGAUUUACUUUUUGUUUCUUUGCAUAUUAGUUUUUGUGUGUGUGUGUGUUUCAGAGCAAUGGCAAGCAUGUCUGCCCAAGUGUUGAGUGUCUGCCUGUCGGGGUGGGUGGGUGUGUGUCUGUGUGAGAGUGCAGACGUUUCUUUCCCUCCCGUAGAAUACAGUUGCUGAAGCAAUUCCUCACUUACAAAUGCCGCCGUCCGUGCUCCCGGUGCUGUUGAUGUCCGGCUUAAAUGUCGGGAGUUGGUGGUGCCCGUCCAGGUGACAAUCCUGCCGAUGGUGACCGCUGACAUCUAGAAAGAGAGUUCUCUUUCUGCUGCUGGCAUUUGUCCCCGCCCCUUUCCCCACACUGAGCACUGUGACCGUCAGCUAAAUUUGGGAAUAAAACAGGAAAACAGCGCUUAUGUUUAAAAAAAAAAGGAACCUUUCCCUGUGGCAGGGCACUUGGGGACAGAGGAGAAGCUUUCUGUUCAGUGGGUGCUCCAGUGAUUCUGUUCCACCUCCGCGCACCUUAGGAAAAAAGCAAGUCGUUCCGAGGGGGUGUCCCAGUUGACUGUGCGGGGAGCUCAGGGCAGGGGGCAAGGAACGGAGACUGCUUUCCAUCUUUGCAGUGGGUAGAGCUGCUGAAUCCUGGCUCCGGAGACCCGGGUUCGAUCCCGACCUCCGGCGCUGUGUGUGUGUGUGUGUGUGUGUGUGUGUGUGUGUGGAGUUUGCACGUUCUCCCUGUGACCCUAUGGGUUUGUGUGUGUGUGAGGGCUCUGGUUCCCUCCCCCAUCCCAACAACGUGCGGGGUCGGUGGGAUAAUUGUUCCCCCAGUGUGUUGGUGAGGUAGAAUCUGGGAGGAGUUGGUGGGAAUGGGGUGGGGGGAGAAUAGGACAGGAUCGGUGUAAAUGGGUGGUUGAUGGUCGGCAGGGACCCAGUGGGCCGAAUGGCCUGUUUCCGUGCUGUAUCUGCCGGGGUCGGAUUCUGAGCAUGCAGUCCUAUCGUUACACUCCUGACCGCUGUGCAUCACACACACCCGCUCGUCGUGGAGGACAGUAAAGCCACCUCCGAUCUUUGCACGGUCUCGGUUUGCCGGUCACCGCCUUGGUGUGCAGCCGGAGGCUGUAUCCGCCCUGGUCACAGUGUCUCACGACUCCCCACACUGUCUGGGUCCGCUCCUGUAGGGCUGACGGUUGACUGGCCCAGAGCAUCCCCCCUCACCUUUCCUUGGACAUCCCAGCUCUUUCACCCUCACCGUAGCUCUGAGCUCUGCCCCGACCCCCUCCACAGGGUCACCUGUUCCUGACCAUGGGGCAUCUCUGUCCCCUGGGUUCUGGGGUGCCCAUCCCCUUUGGUGUGAUCAUGGUUGGCAGUAGAGCUCUGUGUGUGUGGUGCGUGCGUGUGUACGUAAGGAGGCGGCCCCCGUGAGAGAACUGGGGAGAGUGUGGAAGUACCCAGUCGACAUUUCUCUGCACGGAGCAGCUUCCCCUCGUUCCCCACCACACCCACCGCCCCCCCGCCCCGAGACUCGGCCCCCAACCUGAGGUGUGAAGUGACGAGCCGGGAUCGGGACCCUAUCCAACUCCACCAUUCUCCUGCCCACUCAGCUGCCUUCCACCCGCCCACCCCCACCCCAGACCGAGCAGAGACUCGGGACCCUCUCUUUCUUUCCCUCCCAACAUUGCCUGCGCAAAAAAAAACCUGGUGACAGGAAGGUGGGGGGGAUGUCGGCGGCUGGUUUGACCUCAGCACCCCUAGAAUCAGCAACCAGACCGCGCCAGGACACUGAGAGAUGUUUGUCUCCGCGAUGUGUGCUUGCCGUGAUCACUAGCAGGAGGGAGACCCUGUCACGGGGACUCCCGCCUCGCCUGAAGUGAGGGAGGAGUUUCCUCCGCACCCCCUGCCCGAUAUAAUGGUGCACGGUGAAAGGGAUUGUGCUUUGCAUUGACCAUGAAAAAUCCCCUUUGACACAAGUAUCAAGGUCACUGAUAGAAGAAUCGUGAACAUUUUUCAGUAACUUGUAUACCCAGCAAGUAUUAAAGAGUAUUGAAGUAAUCUAGAGUAACUACAUAAGAUAUAAUCAAAAAUCUGCUUUUGUGCCAUAUUUUAUAUUCUGUCUCUUCCCUCUGCACCGACACGGUGUGGCUGUAACUGGGUUUAGUUAACGUGCCAGUGCCAAAAGUGAUGAAGUUGAGUGUUCAGUCCUUGCCGACACACCCAGCCCUCAGCUGCUGGUCCAUUCGAUGUGCCAAUGGUGGUGUAAUCCGCUGGAAAGUAACCAGCCCCAUGGAUGGUGUGGGGUGACGGUGGGAGGGGUUCUUGUCUGUUCAGUGGAGCCGGCCAGAACAGAAACAGGAGUGGUUCCCAUUGGUGGCAGGUCACUAGGAUCCUGCCCACCCCCCACCCCCCCCCCCCCCCCCCCGGGUCUCCCGUCGGGACCCCCACAGGAUACGGAAGCAAAUGUCAUUGAGCCUUGCCAACCUCGGUCCAGAAGCCGUCCCCAAGUUGCCGCAACGCACAAAGGCGCGGGAGGAACUCGGCAGGUCAGGCAGCGUCUGUGGAGGGAGAUGGACGGUCGAUGUCUCGGAUCGAGAACAUCCGUCUGGAUUGGGGUCCUCUCUUCCACGGGAGCUGCGCGAGAACCUGUCCCUCUGAUUUCUCACCCAGAGGGUCUGGAUCCGAAACGUCAACUGUCCAUUUCCCUCCACGGACGCUGCCCGACCCGCUGAGUUCCUCCAGCAUCUUGGUAGCAGCUCCAGCAUCUUGUGCCGACAAGUUGCGGCAAAUUAGUUUCCAUCAUCUUCAGGCUUUUGUCACCUCCCAGCUUCUGACGCCAUUCCCACUCUCCCCCCCCCCCCCCCCCCCCCCCCCAAUCUGGAUCCACCUGUCACCCGCCAGCUCUUGCUCCAUCCCUUCCCCUCCCACCUCUUUAUACCGCUACCUCCCCUCUUUCAGUUUUGACCCAAAAUGUGGACUGUCCGCUUCCACCCCCCACCCACCCCCAGAUGUUGCCUGUCCUGGGAGCCCAUGUUAGCAGGGAAGUGGUUGACAUUGAGAGACGCUGCAGGGAACGGUUGCAACGAUGCUGUCAGAACUGUGAGGUUGUGCCUGUGGGAGACGAAGGGGCGGCAAAGACGAGUGGGUAGGGUGUCUUUAUGAAAAGACAAGGUUGAUCAGUGUUCUUUGCUUUCCUGCCCGAUCUGCUGAAUUCCUCCAGGGCUUUGUGUGUUGCUCCAGAUUUCCAGCAUCCCGCAGACUCCCUCGUGUCUCAGUGAUGUUGGUGCAGCUUUCUUUUCCUGGCGGAGAGCGUCUGUCACUCAGAGAUCCCUGAGAGAAUUGGCAAGAAAGUCGUUCACCCAGGGAGUGGGGGAGAAUGUGAACCUGGACCCACGGGGUGGGGGGUGGGUGGCGCAGCUGGGUGAAUGUGCUCGGUGCUUGCAAAAGGAAGCUGGCCGCGGGAAGAGUUCACUUGCCGCUGAUGCUGCGUGUUCGGUUUCCGUUCCCUCAGACAGGGAGGGAGUCCUUAGUCCCUCGCCGGUGCUGUUGGACCUGACAGCAGGCAGGGGGGAAGCAGCUUACCCACGGAUUGGCCUUGGUGGAGCACCAACAGGCUGCUAAAGCCACUGGCCCCCUCCUGUCGGACGUACCCCUUCGCCGCUGCUCCUUCACCCUGUUCCUGCACCUUCCAGAUUUUGUUACGGACCCCCGUGCGGGGCUGGUGAGGGGAGGGGUGGAAUGAAGAUUCCCUCACCCCAAAAGAAAAGGUAACACCUGGUUUUGCGAAAGAUGUUUCCCGACCUGCGGAUAUCUGGCACGCUGUCCGCCUCGUGUCGGCGUCUCCUUUCCUCCUUUCAUCCUGCUCCCGACGUGUGAAUCUCGCCCUGUGCAAGGGUUAGUUACCCACCCAGCUCUCCCCAGGCCGACCCAGCUUCUGGAGGUCUUGAGUUAAUGUGGCUCAGAUAGGCUGCUUACAGAAACCUGCCUCAGACACAUCACAGAGGAGGAAGACCCCUCCCGGUAGCAUCGCCGAUGGCCCCUUCCUUCCUUCCACUGUGGCAAUGACCGAGAGUCGACCGGGGUGGGGCUGAGCUGGAUUAGAUGUGCCAGGAGUUGGGGAGAUACCAGUGGAGUGACUGCACUCGAAGUGGGUUGGGUUACGGAGCAGGGUGUGAGCUCCGUGCCUGCACCCCCACAGGGAAGACCACCACCCCCCUGACGAGCAGCUCGGUCUGUUCGCCUUGUAUCAGCGGGCACUUGGAGACAGCGUUGAGGUAUUUAUAAGUCGCGGUGUGAGAGGGGUUUUGUUAUCUGUGCGAUCCUUAGUGUUGGGAUGUCCUGCUGCAUCAACGUUGCUAACUGUGCGUCAGUAGUCGGAGGGUUGGUUAACUGACGGUGUUGGUGAGGGCAAGCCUUGGCUCUGUUGCUGGGAGAGAUUUAAGACCUUCCCCCCCCCCCCCACUGGGAUUGGACAGGGAGGUGAAGAGGGUCUGUGUCCUCGUGGAGGUCAAUCCCUCUUCCUGGCACAGUUCGGAGGCUGCAAUGUGUGUCCUAGUUGUGUGCUGGUAGUCUGGCGGAGCACUGCUAGGUGUCAGGAGAGUGAGGCCCUGACAGUGGGCACAGCUGGGUAAGAGCCACGGAGUUCCGGGUUCGAUCCCGACCUCCGGGUGCGCUGGUUCCCUCCCGCGUCCCAACGGCGUGCGGGGUCGGUGGGUUAGUCAGCCACUGUGAAUUGCCGUCCCCUCUUUGUGCGGGCGGGGGGGUAGAAUGUGGGAGAAUAAAAUGGGAUGGGUGUGAAUGGGUGAUUGGCGGUCAGCACGGACUCGGUGGGCCGGAGGGCCUGUUUCCGUGCUGUCCGUUCCCUCCGCUGGGCUGAGCUGCCAGUGGGCACCGUGUGGUGGGACGGUCAUCUCCUCACGGCCAGCAAACCCCCAGCCCCGCCAGCAACCUCUCCCAUCCCAAGCGUCAAUAAGAAAGCCACCUCCAUCCCGCGGUUAACCCCUCGAGGAAAAGCUUGCAGUUGAAGACCGGAGUCUGCCAAGUGCCCUUUCACUGCCUCCCCUGCGAGAAGCUGCAUCCCUGCACCAGUUUCCAACAGAUUCCAGUCCCCCCCGUGCCUGUAUAACCACAUGCAGGAUACAUAUCUGGCUCAGGCAAGUCACUGGUGUUUUCAAAGGAAGAUAAAGGUUUAAAAAAAAGAUUUAAAAAAAGCCUGCUAUCAAUUGUGCUCACUUUUCUUUGUGUGUGUGUGUGUGUGUGUGUGUGUGUGUGUGUGUAAAUAUUAUAUAUAUAUUGGAGCAAGCUCUGCACAGUGUGGUAACACAUGGUAGUGGAGACAUAUCUUUGUUGUGUAACAGGAUGAUGAACCACCCAUUUUUAAGAAUUCCAACAUUUGUUUUUAGAGAACUGUAUUUAUCUGUACCUGAUUUUAACUUGUUUUAGUGAGAUUGCAUUGUAACUAAGACAAAAAACUUUUCAAAAAAAAAGGUAGAUGUUCUGAUUUUUUUUGACAUUAUUGGGAGGGAGGGAGGGAAAAGAUCACCGAUCGCAAGUUUUUAAAAGAUAAAAGUGUUUAAGAGUGACAAACUUUCCUUAUUCUGAGCAUUCCAUCUUUAUCCGGUUUUCCGGGACUGAAAGGGGGUUUUUAAUUUUCAAAUCACCGUUGCUCUAACGCUCUGGUGAUGCAGGAAUAUAUAUAAAAUAUAUAUAUGAAUUUUUUCGUUUUGCAUCAUUUCAACAAUGACAAAAAUUGGGAAAAAUUUGAAUUUUGAAUUUUUCACUCUCUAAACUUUGAUUGGAAUAAAAUGACAUUCUGUGUUCUGUA